AUGGCGUCCUCCAGCCACAUGGGCCAACUGGCGAUACACAGUUUCUGCGGAAUAGUUCUCCUGAGCUUAGUGUUCUCCGCCGUGGCCUCGGGGGAGAAUGCGGUCUCUUUGCAGUGGAGCAGUCGGCAUCUUCUAACGAAAUCUAUCGGGGGCGACUUCCCGUAUUGCAAACUGUCAUACACGGGCGCGUACCCGGUAAUGGCCGGCACGAGGCACUGCUUCAUGGUUCAGUAUGUUGGUUGCACCACGAACACGACGUGCUGUGCGGCUUUGCAACACAACGUGGACAAGAUAUUCUUUUCCAUUGGUACGUUGAUAGCUGCUCAGGAGCUGGAGAUUUGCCGUGAUUGUGCUAGCAGGUUUAUAUUGCCAGGGAGUGCGGGAUGUUUGAAGCCGGUCACGAGUCAGGUGGAGAUCAACGGCCGCAAGUGGUCCAGCUGGUCCACCGUGUCCACGAAGCGGGGAACGGAUACAAACGGUACGGUAGUGUUCGGAUACGAUGUCCGUAUCUACGACAUGCAAUUCAAUGCCACCACGUUUCCCGGCACUUCCAUCUGCAUGACAACCAAGGAGCCCUGCGCCAGCAUCCAGCAGCUGUGCGGCACCACUACAGGAACGUGCAAGCCUGUCAAUACCUUCUUCUCCACCCCCGAGAAAUGCAAUCAGACAUCAAGCAUCAUUAUUUCAAACUUCACCGCUGCGCUAGAGGCUGCUGGCGUCUCAAUCCGGCAACCUUUUACCUGGAAUUGCACCGGAAACUACGAGCCCGGCCAGUCAUUUAUGCUGCGGCUCUUCGUGUGCGGCUUAUAUGAUGUUCCCACCAACCGCACUAUCUUGGAGGAGGCCCUGCGCAACUUGACGGCGAGCUGGGUUGCAUUUGUAAUAGGCACACCCGUGGUUCUCGGACAGAAGGACCGUGCUGAAUGCCCUGUGGGUCUUGAGGGAUACGUUUUCGAAGGCGCGUUGGAUUCGGGGAUUAACGCUGACCCCCGGUGCCCCUAUGGUUCCUCGAUAAUAAACUGUACCGAACGGUAUGCGCCUUUUCCCCCGUCGCCAUUGCCACCGGUACCGCCGCCGUCACCGGAUCCUGUGAAGACGCACAACUGCUCCCAGGCCACCAAAAAUGUGCCCUAUUACCUCGACAAGAUCGAGACAUACAACACCACGGCCAGCAACGGGCAGCGGCUGGUCGCUAUGUGUACAACGAUUCAGGAGAUGGACUGCAAUGACGGCUCCAAAUGUUGCGGCAUGGAGGCGGCCAAGGUUGAGGUCAUUAUGAAGCCCUCGUGCCAGGGUGCCCUCCGUAGCAUCACCGUCAACGGAAAGGAAAUUGCUUACAGCCGAAGCUUCUACACGGGCUUUACAGCGCUCAAGUUUGUGAAGCUGUUGACCUUGGGCGACCCCACAGCCAUGCGACUUUGCUGGUACGCCUCGCCUGGACCAUGCGCUAGCCCGGGGGGCUUCUGCUACAACAAUCGGUGCCAGGUGCAUGUCACAGAGUACAUUUCAGCUUCAGUGGUUAACCAGCGUGAGUUUGGCUCUUCUUUUGCGCACAUGUAA